AUGCAGGCCGCCUUUUUUGACUUUCAACAGGCCUCAGGCCACCAACUGGCUUCGUUUUACGAUCCAUUUUCUGUUUCUAAGGUUCCUGCUGAGAUCUCAAAAUGUCUGUUAGAGCUUGAAUCCGGAUUUGCCAUUCCCCCGGUGUUGCAAAUAUUUUCCUCAUCAACGUAUGCUCCUGAAGGUUCAGAUCCCAGCUCUUAUAAGGAAUUUAUUCUCAUCUAUACAAUGUGGUAUGUUCAUGUCAAGUUUUUCUACCAAUCGCCCCUUUAUCGAUUGAUAUCGGAAGCAUCGCUUUUAUCGGCUUCUGAAUGGAGUGCCAAGUAUGGGCAAUUUCUUAGCCCCGCAAACAAGGCGUUGGCUUCCGGAUCUCUUCUGCUGAUUGUGCGAGUCCUGCUUGACUCGCUUUCCACCAUUCUUAAGCGCUUGGCUUCGGGCUCUGAAAAUUCCAAUUUAUAUGCUCAAAUAAAGUCCCUCUCAAGAACCAUUCAACUGAACCGUUUGGAAACAACUUCAAGCGACAACUUGCUCGCGUAUUUCAACUAUCUUCAAGGCACAUAUCCAAUGCCAAGCGUCGAUUCCGUGGGCACCGAGGACUCUGACGACAAUUUGUGCUCCUUGGAAAGUGCUUCGCAAAGGCUAUAUGAAAUUGAGGCCCAUUUACUGAGGGAGUAUUGUAAAUUAUUGUCUAAAAUUUUCUCCAUCACCAUCAAUGACCGCUCCCUUGUUUCCUCCGAGAAGCAGUCUGUAACCCUAUUCUCUGGCGCUGCGCUAUUGGAAUUUUACGCAAAGCUUUCUCGUACUCGUAUGUGUACACCUGUCUUCAGAUCGAUCGAGAAUUCAUCUUCAACCAAUCUCAAUGACUUUCCCACGAAGGAUCGCGUGUACUGGUACUUUAAUCGAGCUAGGCUUUUCAUUGUGGAGGCCAAUUAUUUUCGCGCCAAGGAGAAUCUAGCCAAUGCAUUCCACUUGCUGGCUCCCCAGUUUUCAUUUAAAAUGGCCAAUUCGUCGAGAUUUCGAAAUUUCUUAAAAAUCACCUGCCUUUUACUCCCUCUCGAGUAUUUUUACUCAAAUAAGGUGCUAUCUCCGGCAAUCUUAUCUCAAAUUGCCGCAUGCAGUGGUUCCAACUCGACUUGCUUCUCCACGAUUCGAUCGGUUAAUGCCUUUCUCUCACUAAAAGACUGCUUCUUGAAAUUGUUUUCUUCCAUCAAGAAUGGAGACAUCAUCUCAUUCUCGGUGUUUCUUAGCCAAUACGAGUCUGUUUUACAAUCCAGACAUCUGUAUCAGCUUUUUGUUUUCCUGUUCAAGCCUAUGCUUCUUGCAAAUUUCACAAAGAAAAUAGAGGACCCUCCGGAAAAUAGGCUUCCCAUUUCACACAUCCUUACUGCGAUCGCGAUGAUCCAAAAGGACCUUUCCAGAUGUUCAGAUUGCGCAAAAUCCGUUGCAUGGACGAUUUUCCCAUUUCUCGAUACCACGAGGCCGCACUGUCUUAAUUUCGAAGUCGAAGCGCUCAUUUCAAUGCUAAUAUCCAACGGGCUCAUCAAGGGCUAUCUUCACCAUGAAAAGAGGGUUUUGGUCCUCAGCAAGGUCAAUCCUUUCCCGCCAUCUUCAUCUUCCUCUUACAUGAUGCACUCACAAUGA